CCGGCGAGGGGGCCGGGAUGCUGCUCUCGAAAAUCAGCUCGUUGGCCCAUCUGCGCUCCGGGACCGGCGGGGAGCUGCACGCCGCGAAGCUGCAAGCGGGGAAGGAGAAGGAGCCGCUGGAGCAGCUUUACCGCGUGGGACCGCUGCUGGGGAGCGGCGGCUUCGGGUCCGUGUACUCGGGGGUCCGCCUGUCCGACAGCGCCCCGGUGGCGAUCAAACACGUGGCUCGGGACGCAGCAGCAGCCUCGCCUGUAACGGUCGGUGCUCCCCCGGUUCCGUGCUGCCAUCUUCCGGCACCGGCGGCUUUUCCUUACAACCCAAAGUUUGUCAACAAGAGAACACGCGUGUACAGCCCGCCCGAGUGGGUCCCUUACCAAGGCCGUCCAGCGGCCGUCUGGUCACUGGGCGUGCUGCUUUAUGACAUGGUCUGUGGGGAUGCCCCCUUUGAGUUUUAAGAGGACAUCAUCAGCCGGGAGCUCUUCUUCCGGCGCCGGGUCUCUGUCGAGUGCCAGCACCUCAUCCGGUGGUGUUUAUCCCUGCACGCUUCCGACAGACCAUCCCUGGAAGACAUUUUCAACCACACGUGGCUGCAAGCCCUUCACCUGCCCCAGGAGACAGCCGACAUCCACCUGCACAGCCUCAUCCAGGAGCCUGGCAAGUGACAGCUCCAGGCGGCUCCUGGCCAGAAGCAGCAGAGAAUCCCAGACUUGUUCUGCUGAGCACAGAACUGAGCAAGGAUCCUCAGACACGACCAUGCGCAUCUUGUCCUGGACUUUCUUUUGUUUUGAUUUGGGUUUUGAGUCGGU